GCAAUAAUCAUAGAACCAUAGACUUAGUUAGAGCCUCCUUGAGGAAUCUCUCAGAACAUGGCGUCCACAGUCCACAGCAUCCUCUCGUCUCUCGUCUUCUGACCAUUGAUCCUUGCUAAUUGCAGCGGUUGAAGAGAGAAGAGAGUACUACAUGUAGUACCGAUACUGCUGGAACAGCAAACUUAUUCGAGUUUUCGAAGAUUGUCUUCACCGCUUCACCGCUCUUGUUUCCCUGCUUCCAGCUUCCGUCUGUGUGUCUCUGAAAGUUUCUUUUUCCGGUUGCUUGGGUCUCACACGGAACAGUCCACAAUCAAGUCCAAUACCUUGGCUAAUGAAGCAGGUUAGCUUAAGAUGGAUACCCCACGAAAACAAACGACGGAUGAGUACCCCGAUGGUGCUGGCUUCCACAGAAAUUCCACCAUGGAAGAAGAAGUGAACGUAGACUACCCAGACAGUCGGAAGAAAUCUGCCCAACGAGGAUCAUGCGAAAUUUCCCCCGAAAAUUGGUCUUCCACUGUGGCCGCCACUUCAUUCAACGGCCUCACGACAAGCGGCGUAGAAAGCCAAGCUCCUGGUUCGCGUGACGUUCAUGAUUUUGUUGCUGCCGACAUGGAACCCCUACCACCACCCAUCUUGAUAGAUCGGUCACGUGAACCGGGUGCAUUCCCAAUGCCUGGCUUCGGAGGACGAGGAGUCACUAGACCAGCAACCCGCACGGAAAAUUGUUCCUUGGAAGUGCCCUGGUUUGGAGAAAGCGGUUCCUUGGUAGUCGCCAACUUGGUCACGGAUGACGAAUUACAGUCGGCUAUCCCUCAUUGCAACGAAGCAGAAGACAACGAAAGGGUCAGGCAAGACAACAGCAAGCAAAUCAGGACCUAUAUGCUGCUUGCCAUCAUUCUAUUGGUUGCAAUUGGCAUGAUUGCCAUUGCAGUUUCCAAAUCUAGCAAAGAGUCAUCCUCAGCCAUGACAAUGCCAACAACUGCCUCCUCUCCGCCGCCAGCCUCUGUUGAAGGAUCCAUUCUUUCCAUGUUUUCUCAGGAAACAAUCUUGGCCAUCACAAGCGACAAGGGUUCACCCCAAUCCAAAGCAUGGCAAUGGAUGUUGGAAGAUACCCCAUUGCUUUCUUUCCUGUCCGAUGAACGCGUCCAGCAAAAGUUCGCCUUGGCAACACUAUUCUAUGCCACAGGAGGAGAGCUAUGGGAAAACAGCACCAAUUGGCUCAAUCACAGUAUCCAUGAAUGCAGCUGGUACAACAAACCAGACUUUAGCAUGAAAGAAGUUGUCAACCAGUACUAUCCAGGCUACUUAGCAGGCUUUUUGGAACCUCUACCAGCUGGACAAUGCAACGAGGAUGGCUUUUACCAACAUCUGUGGCUGGACAGAAACAAUCUUGUGGGAUCACUCCCUCCAGAGCUCUAUUUGUUGACAGCCCUGCAGACAUUCUCUGCAGCAUUCAAUUUCCUGCACGGGCCAAUCUCCUCGCAUAUCGGGAAGCUGACAGCAUUGGAGGGACUGGUCUUUUCAGACCUGAAAGAUGGUGGAAUUAUUCCCUCUGAGAUCGGAUUGUUAACCAAUUUCCAGGUCAUAUCUAGUCGGAACAGCAAUUUUCGGGGAACGCUUCCAAGUGAAAUCUGGAAAUUGACCAAUCUAUUUCAUUUUGGUCUUAGUGCAAACCCCCAGCUAAAGGGCACCUUGCCAAGUGAGAUUGGGAAUUGCAGCAAACUAAGAUGGCUACACACAGAUGACACGAGUAUUGGAGGAACCAUUCCUACAGAGUUUGGCCUCUUACAGGACCUCGACUUUGCUUCCUUGUUCAGCAGCGGUUUGUCUGGCUCCCUGCCGUCAGAGCUAGGGCUCCUUACAAGGAUAACUCUCUUUUCCAUAUUUGAAAAUGAUCUGAUUGGAACUCUCCCCACAGAAUUGGGGGCAAUGACAGCUUCAACUUUGCUAUCAUUUAGAGGGAAUCAAUUCACAGGCACACUGCCAAGUGAAUUUGGGCUCCUUACAGAGCUGAGCAUCUCACUCAAUUUUGACAAUAAUAGGUUCACAGGAACUGUUCCAACCGAGCUUGGGCAAGCAUCCAAUUUGCUUGAAUUGAAACUCUUUGACAACCAAUUCACUGGAGCCAUUCCCAGUGAACUUGGCCAUCUUUCCUCCGUCGCCCACCUGUCAUUUGCCAAUAAUUAUCUCACUGGGUCGGUACCUCAGGAGAUCUUGGCCCUGCACCCAACCCUCUACACUUUGACUUUCAGUGGAAACCAAAUGCUAUCUGGCAGUAUCCCUGAAGAAGUGUGCAACAUCAAUGGAACCUGCCGGAGCACUUCAAAACAUACAUGUGAAGCAUUCCCAGGUUUGUCUUUUGACUGCACUGCCCUUUUGUGUGGAUGUGAUUGCUCUUGUCAGGGCACAGCAAGGAAUGAAAGCCAGGUUUAGUCCUUUGCUUACUGGGAUAUGAAGCUUGCGCUUUGGUCAGCUAGCUAGUCAUCAGAUAUAAGAUGUUCUUCCCAGGCGAAAGCUACAAGCAAUAGUCUCUGAAGCAGUUCUUGGUCUACCAACUAGACAGUUGCUUUCAUCCGACCUUUUAACUGCCAGAGCCAACUACCUGGCUUAUGAGACUGUCAACAGUGGGUAG